AUGUGGUUCAAGCAAGUAGUUCUUCCACUUUAUACAUACCAGAAAAUAACAAAGAUCGGUCCACAACUCCCCCGGCUCCGUAGUCUUGCGUUAUGCGGCUUGAAGUUCUAUAAAACAGAAUUCUCCAAGCUGUGCCCGAGUUUUAUGAAUUUGUAUUGCUUAGAUAUCAGCUACACCAAUGUUUCAAAUCUUCAAGGGAUCUCUAAUUUGCAAAAUCUCAGACAGCUCUCACUUCGAGGCUUGGAGUUUAAGAGAACACAAGAUCUCGAGGAGCUCUUCACUUUAAAACAUCUUAAGGUGUUGGAUAUGUCAAGCAAGUUAAACAACGCCCACUAG